AUCAUUCAUCAUUAAUGGCUUCCACUCCUUCCACCAUGACUACUCUCAAGUCAUCAUCUCUACUCAUUUCAUCGAUUCUGUUGCUUCAAGUCUUCAGAGUCAACGGUCACGGAGGUGGCGGAGACGAUGAUGAGGACGCUGCGGCCGGUGACCACCACGCUGACUUGCACUCCAAAGGGUUGGUCUUGGUCAAAAUAUGGUGCCUGAUAAUUCUUCUGGUGAGCACCUUCGCUGGCGGCGUAUCGCCUUACUUUUACCGGUGGAAUGAGAGCUUUCUUCUCUUGGGGACACAAUUUGCAGGUGGGGUUUUCCUAGGGACUUCUCUAAUGCAUUUCUUGAGCGAUUCAAAUGAAACGUUUGGUGACCUCACCCCAAAAACGUACCCUUUUGCGUUCAUGUUGGCAUCGGCUGGUUACCUUUUGACCAUGUUUGGAGAUAGUAUCAUUCAUUUCGUUACAAAGUCUAAUCAGAGAGAAGCUAGAGUGGAAGUUGAAGAAGGACGAAGGAGGACUCCGGAGCAGGCUGCUAAUAAGGAUGAUCGUGAUCAUGAUCACGUUGACUUGGAAAAAGUCAACCCUGCUUUCUUGAAAACGACGUCGUUAGGAGACACCAUACUUCUCAUCCUAGCACUGUGUUUUCAUUCAGUUUUUGAGGGUAUUGCCGUUGGAAUUGCAGAUAAUAAGGGAGAUGCAUGGAGGAAUUUGUGGACAAUAUCACUACACAAAAUAUUUGCAGCCGUAGCCAUGGGCAUAGCGCUGCUGAAGAUGCUGCCGAAGAGGCCAUUGCUGCUGACCGUGGCUUACUCUUUUGCAUUCGCCAUUUCGAGUCCGAUUGGAGUAGGCAUAGGCAUUGCCAUUGACGCCACAACCGAAGGAACCGCUGCAGAUUGGACAUAUGCAAUCUCCAUGGGCUUGGCUUGUGGGGUCUUCAUCUAUGUUGCCAUAAACCAUCUUAUAGCCAAAGGCUUUAGACCCGAAUCUCCUAAUUAUUUUGACACUCCUUUCUUCAAGUUUCUCUCUGUGCUUGCUGGGGUUGGAGUUAUUGCUGUUGUUAUGAUCUGGGAUUGAUUGAUUGAUCAUUAUCUCAUCAUACAAUGAUAUAUCCACUUUUGUUUUCUUCUAAUUUGUUCUUAAAUUUCUUGCUGUAUAUAUAUAUGUGUGUGUGUAACUUUAUAUAUAUAGUGAGUCUUAUGUAUGAAUAUGGUUUUUGAAAUUAUCCACCA